GGUGAGAGUUGGGAGACGAAGAGAGACGGCUCACCCGACAAUCCCAAUGCGACAAUCGGUCGGUCAGCGGCAGAGGCAGCUCAGGCAGACCCCGAAGCGCAACCCAGAGGUUCCAUUCCACGCGCACCUUCCCCCGGCAGCUACCUGCACGACCGAACCACCCCUCGGCAAACCGGCAGGUAGCGCGCGCCAUGGACGACGCCACGCGGCGGCUUCCGGCGGAGAAGGGCUCCGUCGCCAAGGCGGGCGAGCUGGACCCGCCGCUGCAAGCCAUCGGCUUCGAGGUCGAGGAGCUCUCCCCGUCCCGGAUCACCGGCCGCCUCCUCGUCACGCCCACCUGCUGCCAGCCCUUCAAGGUGCUGCACGGCGGCGUGUCGGCGCUGGUGGCGGAGUCGCUGGCGAGCAUGGGCGCCCACAUGGCCUCGGGCUACCGCCGCGUCGCCGGGGUGCAGCUCAGCAUCAACCACUUCCGCAGCGCCGCGCUCGGCGACACCGUCCUCGCGCGGGCCGUCCCCGUCCACCUCGGCCGCUCCACCCAGGUGUGGGAGGUGAAGCUCUGGAAGAUGGAUCCAUCGACAGGAGAGAAGGGCCCUCAGAUCGCUGAGUCCAGAGUCACUCUGCUGUGCAACCUGCCGUUGCCGGAGGAACACAAGAACGCUGGAGAUGCUCUGAGGAAAUACUCAAAACUGUAAAAAGAAAAAAGGAAAAAAAAGAAAGGAAAAGUUCAAACUGAUGUUGGAAGUGGGUCACGUACGAGUUCCUGGGGCACGUAUAGCUGCCAUCCCUGUUUAGCCUUAGCACCGCCAAAUUAAAAGCAAAAGCCCAAUCCUCCAUUUCCUUGCUUGUUUUGAGUUUAUCCCGUGACAAUGUAACACCCAAAAUUCAAAUUGAGUUUGUUUUCAAAUGAAUUUUGUUCAAA